AUGGCACCACGGCAGAGGCAGUCUUUGGCCUCAGACCCUGAAGAUGAAGGGACUUUUCCUGUGGAGGAGGAACAUGGGAAGACUGACCUCACUUUGUCCAUGCACCUUCGGCGUGACGUGGAUGCUAGACACAGAGCUGCCAUCUUUGACCGAUUCCGUGGCCGUGGCGUACAGGACAUUGUGGUAGGGGAAGGGACUCACGUUCUCAUCCCUUGGGUACAGAAGCCAAUUAUCUUUGACUGCAGCUCUCGACCACGGAAUGUACCAGUCAUCACUGGUGGCAAAGACUCGCAGAACGUCAACAUCGCACUUCACAUCCUCUUCCGGCCGGUGGCCAGCCAGCUUCCUCGUAUCUACACCAGCAUUGGCAAGGACUACGAUGAGCGGGCACUGCCGUCUAUCACCACAGAGAUCCUCAAGUCGGUGGUGGCUCGAUUUGAUGCUGGAGAAUUGAUUACCCAGCGAGCGCUGGUCUCCAGGCAGGCGAGCAAUGACCUCACAGAGCGAGCGGCAACCUUUGGGCUCAUCCUGGAUGACGGGACACAUCUGACCUUCGGGAAGGAGUUCACAGAGGCGGUGGAAGCCAACCAGGUGGCUCAGCAGGAAGCAGAGAGAGCCCGAUUUGUGGUGGAAAAGGCUGAGCAGAAGGCGGCAGCCAUCAUCUCUGGUGAGGGUGACUGCAAGGCAGCUGAGCUGCUUGCCAACUCGCUGGCCACAGCUGGUGAUGGCUUGAUGGAGCUGCGAAAGCUGGAGGCUGCUGAGGACAUUGCUUACCAGCUGUCCCACUCUCAGAACAUCACCCACCUGCCAGCAGGGCAGUCCGUGCUCCUCCAGCUCCCCUAG